AUCCUGACGACUCCGUUAUACCGUGACACGAAACGUCAUUACAUAUUAAUAUCGACUAGCCUUGAGCUUGAGCAGCUGUGAUGGCGGGUGAAGGAGGGGUUGACCUCAGUAGGAAGUUUGUUUCGGAAGCAGAGCUCGAUGAGAAAAGGAAGAAAAGGCAGGAGGAAUGGGAGAAAGUCAGAAAGCCAGAGGAUCCAGAGGAGGUUCCAGAGGAAGAGUAUGACCCGCGUUCCCUCUUUGACCGGCUGAAGGAGCAGAAAGACAAGAAACAAGAGGAAUUUGAGGAGCAACUUAAAUUCAGGAACAUGGUGAGGGGGUUGGACGAAGACGAGACCAGUUUCCUGGACGAGGUCUCCCGGCAACAGAGCCUGGUUGAGAAGCAACGCAGGGAUGAGGAGAAACUGGAGCUGUUGGAAUACAGAAGCGCUUUGGUGAAGCAGGCGUCCACAGAGAGCCGCCGAGAGCCUGAAAAGAAGGCGCCGCCGAAGCAUUCAGGGACGGAGCAAAGGACUAGCCACCUCUCUCAAGCACAUUUAUUAGCCGGAGCUGUCAAGAGGCGCAAUUCCUCGCAGUCAUCAGACAGCAGUAAGAAACAGAAGGUGGAAAUCACAACGACAACAGAGGCAACUGCAACAGCGGGAAAUGGAGCCGGACACACAGAGCAGGAGGGCGGAUCAGGAGGAGGAGGGGCGCCGGGAGCUGAAGAUCAACAGGCAGUUCCUGGCCUGACGGCGAAGACGCCCUCUGCUCCCCUGAGCUCCGGUGAAGGCGUGCUACACCUGCCGUCGGCGGCCGUGUGCGUCGGCGUUUUACCGGGACUCUGGGUUUACUCUGGCAGCAGCGACUCCGACAGCAGCUCGGACAGCGAAGGUAGCGUGGACGCAAUCAUGUCGCCGUACCCUCGGCACAGCAGGGCCUACAGAUAGACACACAGCAGCAUCCGCACACAAACUGAAACACGUGCGCAAGCCUUCAGAGCGGCUUGCAGCAGUCAGAAACACUAACCUCAUAUAAGAUAAACACGCACAGGGGCUCAUUCCCACACAGCUUGGUUUGGUGACUGUGCUCCCUAGUGUCUAGGGAGGAUGGAAACAUUGCUGCAGUCCUGUGUCUACGACUCAAACCGACAAAAAAAAGACCAGAACUUUAAGAGUUUCUGUCUUUCUCAUUCUCUAACUUGAAUUUAAUUCUAGGUACUGGUCUGGAGGUUUCCAUAUGAACGAAUGGGCCUGCAUAUGUACACAGAGCUGUGUGGAAAUGACGUAAUAACAUUAAUAAAGGGGUACACACACAUACGACGAAAGCAUACUUGCAGUACACACACCAUAUCAUAUCACUUUAGUCAGACACACAGUCCUAGCAAACAUUUUUCAGUAUUCCUGUUGUUUUCACAGCUGUGAGUUAAACUGUUGCUCUUUGUCAUCAGACAAAGUUCAGCCCAGUAAUUUAAUUCUAAUAGUUCAAAUUUCAACUCUAUCCUAAAUGAAUCUUAUUUGUGUUUUCUUGCUAUUGUGGCGCUCAAACGUGACACCUCCGCCCUUCCUUCCCUCAAUCGCAUCUCACGCAGUUUAAGCCGAGCAACCAAUCCCGCACUGCCUACCCUGACGACAUCCUGCCCCCCCUACACUCCCCUCCCAACCCAAGCCACAGCGACUGCAAGCUGUGCUAUUGGCUGAGGGAACAGUGAUUGACAGCUGUGGAGCGAGGAAGAGACUGCUUUAGACUGUCACAUAAGUCGCAGCUUUUAGCUAUCGGCUGCAGCGGAGUGAGAGCGGGGACAGGGACAUGUUUUGUCUCUCUCUCUCUCUAUCUCCCAGUUUUGGGUAAAAUGCAGAGUGUGAGUGGUUUAAAAGAAAAAAAAAAACCCUGUUUUUAUUUGUGUGAUGUAAUGUGUUCAUUUCGAAGUCACUCUGGAAAGAUGCUGGACUGUUUGCUGCUGCCUCAGGCGUCGAGAGUGAUGUCUGAGAAAUAAACAGCUUUCCCGUG